AUGGCGGCUCUGGCGGGGGUCGCGGUGCUGCUGCUCGUGGGGGCCAUCGGGGCCCGGGCCCUGCCCGAGGCCCACCAUCGCCCCUCCUACUACACCACGUCGGACGCCGUCAUCGCCUCCGAGAGCGUCUUCGUGGUGGAGAUCUCGCUGCUCUGCAAGAACGGGGCCCAGAACGUGGCUCUCUACGCCGACGUGAACGGGAAGCAGUUCCCGGUGACGCGCGGGCAGGACGUGGGCAGGUACCAGGUGUCCUGGAGCCUGGAGCACCGGCAGGCGCAGUCGGGCACGUACGAGGUGAAGUUCUUCGACGAGGAGUCCUACAGCGCCCUGCGCAAGGCCCAGAGGAACAACGAGGACGUGUCGCGGAUCCGGCCGCUCUUCACCGUCAACGUCGACCACAGGGGCGCCUGGAACGGGCCCUGGGUGUCCACGGAGGUCGUGGCCGCUGCCAUCGGGCUCGUGGUUUAUUACCUGGCCUUCAGCACCAAGAGCAGCAUCCAGGCCUAGGACCCCCCCAAAAACCCCCAAAACACCCCCAAAACACCCUAAAACACCCCAAAACACCCUCAGGGGGUCCUCAGGGCUGGGGAAGGAGGAGGGACCCCCCCAAAACGCCAAACAACCCCAAAAAUGUGGGGGUUCCUCCCCCUCCCAAC